UAGGCUCUUGAUUGUUUUGUUGUUUUCCUUAUUACUAUUUGUUCCCCAAAUCAAUGGGUCCAUGUCCUCAAACAGGAAAUUAGGAAGGGCUCCCAUAACUGCAAAGGGACUAUCCUAUGAUUUCUAUUGGAUAUCAUGCCCUAGGGUUGAAAGAAUUAUAAGGAAGCAUCUUGAAGAUGUCUUUGAAAAGGACCCUGGCCAAGCUCCUGGAAUUCUUCGUCUCUUCUUCCAUGAUUGCUUUUCUCAGGGAUGCGAUGCCUCUAUAUUUUUGAGCGGUGCAAGUGGAGAACAGGACACAGAUGAAAACUUUGGACUAAGGGCAGAAGCCAUUCAGACCAUUGAAAAUCUUAGAGCUCUUGUUCGCAAACAGUGCCCUAGGGUUGUCUCUUGCUCUGACAUCCUUGUUAUUGCAGCUCGCGAAGCUGUUCGCCAGUUUGGAGGCCCUGAUUUUGAUGUGCCAUUGGGAAGAAAAGACAGCAAAUUCUUCAACAAAUCCUCAGCCGCAAAUCUCCCAAAACCUUUCUUCAAAACCGGAGAGCUUGUUAAAUCCUUCAGCGAUAGAAACUUGGAUGCCACAGAUUUGGUUGCACUCUCCGGCGCACACACAUAUGGGGUAAGCCACUGUGGAUCACUCUUCAACCGGACCACCGACACACAGCCGCCGAUCGAUCCGGAGUUCAGGAAUGGCCUCGUCGGAAAAUGUCCCGACGAGGACAGCCCUGUCCCGAUCGACCUAGACAUAAGGACACCAAACAAGUUCGACAAUAUGUAUUACAUUGAUUUGUUGAACCAACAAGGUGUGUUUACCUCGGACCAAGAUCUUGCUAGUGAUCCUAGGACGAGGGAGAUUGUGAACCAGUUUGCUUCUAAUCAGAAACUCUUCUUUGACAAGUUUGCUAAUGCUUUUGUUAAGGCUUCACAGUUGCAAGUUUUGACUGGGAAUGAUGUUAACGCUGAGAUUCGUAAGACUUGUUUUGCUCCUAAUGAUGGCUUUUCUUCUUCUUCGUCUUCUGUGCUUCAUGAGGUUGUGGAUUCGGCUGGGACAAACAACAUCUAAGUUGGUUAAUAAUUAUUACUUUCUGUGUGUUGUUAAUAAGUACCAAAAUUAAAGCUAGUUUGUGUCUUGGUUUAUCAAUAAUUAUGUAUUGGUAAUGUCU